ACGAAGGUCAUCUUGAUAACCUCUCCACAUUUCACGUGUUUAAUUGAUUUGACAAGACAUUCUAAGUCACACAGCAACGUUGAUAUUCGUUCAGUUAAUCGCUUUAGUUAUGGAGAACCAAAUCAAUCAGAGUUUGAGCUUUGCGAAUCUUAGUGACGAACCGCUUGAUUUGAGUUUACGGAAGAAUCAGCGUGAAACAGAAAAUGAUAAUCCCGAUGUGUCCGUUAAGCGGCUAAAAGUGACGGCAAAGUUGUGGCAAACAAGAGAAGUAAUGCGUCCUCAAGUAUCUCUACAACGUAUCGUGUCGGAUAGACAGCGUUCGGAAAUGAACGCAGUUGAGGCCAUCACUCCCGAAUCCCUGCCGAAAGAUAGGGAAAAGGAUCGCGGGACGAAGGACUUGGAUUCCAGAGACUCUUCUAAGGUACGGCAUCCGCCAAAGAAACGCAAGCGCUUCACAAUUACUGAGCUUUUCGUGCUGGAGAAGGUGUUUGAAGUGAAAAUGUUUGUAACACCCAGGGAAAUCCAGGAAGUGGCACGGUUACUGGACAUUGAAAAUGACCGGAUUAAACAUUGGUUUCAAGCUCGACGUCAGAAAUGGAAAAAAGAGACCCCUUGCAGAAAAGAAAGUGUGGCCGCGUUGGUCGAUUAUAACCUGCGUCGUUACGAGAAUUGGAAAGCUCAUCAUUGACACGUCCGACGACCUAGAAAUUAACCCGAUACUGAUUUCGGCGAUGUGGACGGCGAAUGGUUCGCUUCUAAUUGCGCUAAAUCGGCGACGAUAGAGCUACCACCCAAUUUUGAUUUUCAUGUUUUCUUUCUGUUAUGUGCCCGAAAUUACCCGAAUAUUUUUAUGUUGGUUUUCAAAGGUUGUCCAUUUACCAAGAACUCGUUCGAUAUUGGUGCUAAUAUUUAAUUACGUAAACUUUGCCAGAUUUCUCUUAUUUUUAGAGAAAUGUGUUGGGAAAGUACCUAAGUUAUUUGUAACCCAUGUUUGUCCCUUAAACAGAGACAAGUUGACAAAUUAAAUUUAACCAGGUUGCCUCAUGAA